AUGGAAGCUGAUCACCGGUAUAAUCCGAUGGAGAAAGAGUACCUUGCCUUAGUAUCUACUAUUCAGAAAAUGCGACACUACUUAGUUGACCAAACAACGCAUGUCAUCUCUAAGAAGGUUGUUAAAGGUCAGGCUCUCAUAAAUUUCUUAGCUGACCAUCCGGUAUCUGAAUCGUCCAAAUUAUAUGAAGAUUUACCAGAUGAGGUUGCCGAAGCUUCUAUAACUCAAGAAGUUAUACAAGUAUGGAAAUUAUUCUUUGACAGAGCGUCUAGAGAAAACUUUAAUGGAGGAAUCAUCGCUGUCGUGGAGGUGGUACUUGUAUCCCUAGGUGGUCAUGUAAUCCCAAGAGGAUUCUCUCUAAUUGAGCCAUGCACCAACAAUGUAGCGGAGUACAACGCUUUGCUAUUAGGGAUGCAGUUGGCCAAGGAGCUUAAUAUUCGACAUCUUAAGGCUUACGAUGAUUCUCAACUCAUCGUAAAUCAAGACUGA